CGCGCGCGGGCGGAGCCGGAGAUCUGCGCCUGCGCAAUGCACGGCAGGGCAACCUAUAACCACCGCCUGGCGCCGCGUGCAACCUUUUACCCGACGUCACUUGACGGCUCAACACGGAAGUGCGAUGGCGGCGGCGGCGGGAGGCGAAAGGAACGGCGGCGGUUCGGACGGCGCGGCUCAGCGGAGGCUGCGCAUCCUCUCGGGCCACCUACACGCUCCUCCGGGCACGCAGCUGUCAGCGAACCCGUGCCGAGGGCGGGCUGCCACGGCCCCGUCCGCCGCGUCCCAGUCGAGAGUCUUCCCCAAGAGGCGGCAAGAAAUUUUAAAGUGGAAUGGAUGGGGAUACAAUGAUUCCAAAUUCAUAUUCAAUAAGAAGGGGCAUGCUGAAUUCACAGGAAAAAGGUAUCAGAUAGGUGGAAUUGUGUUCCCUCUUUUGAAAGAAUGGUUAGAGAAAAAUCUUGGAGGAAGUCUGGAGCAUAAAAUUACCCCUAGAGCAUCUUUAAAUAUUAGUGAAAUACCUCCUUCCAUUGCAAGUGAAGAAUUUCUCCAAGAUCUUCAAAUGACGAAAAUACCAUAUUCCAAAGAAGCAGAAUCUAGAGUAUUUAGAGCUCAUGGUCAUUGUCUCCAUGAGAUAUUUUUGCUAAGGGAAGGAAUGUUUAAACGAAUUCCUGAUGUAGUUGUAUGGCCAGAGUGUCAUGAUGAUGUAGUUAAAAUUGUAGAACUAGCCUGCAAGCAUAGUGUUUGUAUUAUACCAUAUGGUGGAGGGACAAGUGUUUCCAGUGCUCUUGAGUGUCCUCCUGAGGAAAAAAGAACCAUUGUCUCACUGGACACCUCACAGAUGAAUAGGAUUCACUGGAUAGAUGAGAAAAACUUGACUGCUCAUGUUGAAGCAGGCAUUGCUGGACAAGACUUGGAAAGACAGCUGGGUGAAAGUGGCUACUGUACAGGCCAUGAACCAGAUUCCAUGGAAUUCAGUACUCUUGGAGGAUGGGUAGCAACAAGAGCAUCGGGAAUGAAGAAAAAUAUUUAUGGAAACAUUGAAGACUUGGUGGUUCAUAUAAAAAUGGUAACUCCAAGAGGUGUCAUACAAAAAAGCUGUCAAGGACCACGAAUGUCAACAGGGCCUGACAUCCACCACUUCAUUUUAGGAUCUGAAGGAACCCUUGGAGUGGUAACAGAAGUUACAAUAAAAAUUCGACCAAUCCCUGAAUACCAAAAGUAUGGCUCUGUAGUAUUUCCAAACUUUGAGAGAGGGGUGGCCUGUUUAAGAGAAGUAGCAAAGCAGAGAUGUGCUCCUGCAUCCAUUCGCCUUAUGGACAAUGAGCAAUUUCAAUUUGGACAUGCUCUUAAACCACAGGUUGCCUCCAUUUUUACAUCACUUUUGGAUGGAUUGAAAAAAUUCUACAUCACAAAGUUCAAAGGAUUUGAUCCCAAUCUAUUAUGUGUUGCUACCUUGCUUUUUGAGGGGGACAGAGAGAAGGUUCUUCAACAUGAAAAGCAAGUUUAUGAUAUUGCUGCAAAAUUUGGUGGUCUUGCAGCUGGAGAAGACAAUGGACAGAGAGGAUAUAUGCUAACUUUUGUUAUUGCUUACAUUCGGGACAUGGGCUUGGACUAUUAUAUAAUAGGAGAAUCAUUUGAGACAUCUGUUCCCUGGGAUAGAGUUCUAGACCUCUGCAGAAAUGUAAAAGAAAGAAUAGCAAGAGAAUGCAAAGAGAAGGGUGUCCAAUUUCCACCUUUUUCAGCCUGUCGGGUGACACAGACAUAUGAUGCUGGUGCUUGUGUCUAUUUCUAUCUGGGCUUUAACUACAGAGGACUGAGUGACCCAAUGCGUGUUUAUGAAGAAAUAGAGAUGGCAGCUCGAGAAGAAAUCCUUGCUAAUGGAGGGAGCUUGUCACAUCAUCAUGGAGUGGGCAAGUUACGGAAGCAGUGGCUGAAAGAGAGCGUCUCUGACGUUGGCUUUGGGAUGCUGAAAUCUGUAAAGCAAUUUGUGGACCCCAAUAACAUCUUUGGAAAUGGGAACCUUUUAUAAAGCCUCCAAAACAGAAACUAAAUAACACAACUAAUAAUGGUUUGAGUCUCAUGGCUAUCUCGGUAUCCAAAUAUAGCAUGGACCCAGUUUCAAAACUGUUUUCUUCCUUACGUCUUUUAUUUCUUCAGUUAAACAUGAGUGUUCCAUUAUUUGUAGUAGACUUUUAUGGAUUACGGCUAAACCUUUCACAAACAACCAGUCCAAAGUUUGCCCAGGUUAGUCCUGUUGAUAACCUGUUUGGAUGGCUUCCUGCCGCAGUGUGAGUCUGUCUGCGCCAGAGUGACACUGGUGCUAUUGUUCUCGGGGCCUCUCUUGACAGAAAAGUGUUUUCUCGGAAGCAGAUGAAAAAUGGGAUAAUGUUUAGAUUAAAUGGGCUUUUCUGUUGAAAGGUUAGGAAAAUAAAGAAGGAAUGCCAUGCUGCAGUUUUUGUAAAAGAAAAAAAUCCAGCCAUUUUGUAGUAGGAAGAGGUCAAAUCUCCUAUAUUUUACUGAAAACAUAGCAGAUGUGUGGUCUUAAUUUCAUUUGUAGUAGUACUUAAUAUUCUAAAAAAAAAUUCUACUGACCCAGAAGAGCAAAUGUUUCUUUUUACAUACUGGAGAAUCUUUGUUACAUAAAAUGCAGGGCCUUCAUAAUAAUUGUGUUGUUAAAUUGCCUGCAGUUGUUUUGGAAGGCAGUAUUUCUUAAGUGGAAAAAUGAUUUGGUUCUUUACGGCACUCAAGACGUUUCCACCAUUUUAAACUUGAAACAACUUUUCAGUUGUCCUUUUUGAAAUUUUAAUUACUAGUUAUGAGUGUAAUCCAACUUUUUCGCUUAAAUAAAAUGUCAAAUGUCUUUGAAAAAUUAAUGAGCAUUAGAAUGCUAUGUGUCUUGAAACACAGAUAUUUAAUACUGCUUAACAAUAUGAGAUUUAUUUCAAAAAAAACCCUGAUUUUUUAUAAAAUGUAAAUGAUAAAAUUUUGAUUUAGAGAUUUCUGUCCUUCAGCUAAAUUACACUCCAUGGGCAAUUUUCUCCUUUCAUCAGCAGCAAAGCUACCAGGGUAUGGAGUGGGGGUGGGUGGGUGGUAUUUUUGUCAAUUUCCCACUGGCCCAGAUUUUGGAGCUGGUCUGGGGGUUAUAUGGGAAGAAAGGUCAAUGAAAAUCUAAUCUUUCCCCAUUCUGUCAGUGGGUUUGCUCCACUGCAUCAGAAGGCUUCUGUAGAUAGAAGGUACUAUUCCAUCUGCAGAAGGCAAAUUCUAGAGCCAGUCCUUUGGGCCUUUUAAAUAAAAAUAGCAUACAUCAAUGAAACUCAAUUACUCAACACCUUAAAAUAUGCUCAUUGUAACUCAGUGGUCGAACAUCUGUGAAUAUUAGAUAUAUUCUGUUUCUAAAAUAAAUUAAAAUCAACAACAGUACCUAUAACGGUGGUUGGUGGCUCUUGUAAUUUUUAAAUCAUUAAAUUGCAUUAAACCACUCUUGCUUUUUCCCUAACAACCUACCAUAUUUUGUCAAAAUUUUGUCAAAAUUUUAAACGCUGAACCCAGAAAAUUCACCUUCAAAUUGACACAUGCAUAAUAUCAUAAAGAUUUUGUAGAUCUAAAGCAGAACCAUGGUGAAUUCCAGAUAGCCCUUCUUCAAUUUAACCCACAGGAGUAAAAGAAAAUUACUGUGUAUCUAACAGAGUUUAACUCUACUGUAGUGAAGUUUAUUGUGGGGUAGAAGGCUUCUGUCUAUGACAUCCAAUGUGAUUUUCAGCAUAUCCCCUCAGCACUCCAUGCCUUUAGAGCAAAUCGGGCAAAUGGGAUGAUGGUGAAAAGUGGGAAGGACUUCCAAUCACCUCUGUCCCCAUUCCAUUGAUGGACAUCUUCCUUGGUGGAAAGUUAGUCUGGCCCUAAGACAGAUGGAGCACAACAUUUACAUAAUUUUGAUUUUGUCUGUUUGAGAUAAUGUUACCAGUAUCCAUUUGGUUUCUCAAACACAAGGAUACUUAGUUUUGUGCGGGUGGAAAUGCAAGUGUUUUCAUGUGCCUAAUAAGCACCGAAACUAGCACAAAUGGGUGUUUCAGGGAAUAAAAUGGCCUUUUGAUGGAGUACAAGUAAAAGUGUAACUUUUUGGUUGUCUUUGCUUGUUCUGACCAAAUUUGUGUGAUCUCCAAAAUGUGUAGGUUCAUUUAUGGUGCUGAAUUGAUUUAUUUUACCGAUAAAAGAGUUUCUGUAGCCCAGUGGUUCUCAACCUGGGGUUCCCAGAAGUUUUUGGCCUAUAACUCCCAGAAAUCCCAGCCAGUUUACCAGCUGUUAGGAUUUCUAGGAGUUGAAGGCCAAAAACAUCUGGGGACCCCAGGUUGAGAACCACUGUUCUUGCCCUUUGAUACUGAAAAUUGCACAGGGAAAUUCUACUUGGGGGUAGUUCUCAUAAAUUUAUAGAUAACUAGAUGACAAGGAGUGUUCAAAUCAUGAAGUAUAAAUUUGUGUCUUGCUAGUACUUGCCCUAUGAGAAGAAGUAAGAAGUGUGGGGUGAGAGUAUCACAAAAGUGGAUGGGUUUGAAGAAAAGGACACAAUGCAUAUACUGUGAACAUAUUGUACAUUGCUUUACUUAUGUCUAUUUUGCUCUACCUUAUUCUUUACCUUUUUGUAAAAAAACACAAAAAACAGUUCAGUUGUUCGGAGUCUUAGCAAGAGCGCUUGUAAAACCUGCACAUGCCGAAUGCUAGUUCAACAAGUGUACUGCUCAUUAAAAAAAUACCAGUGUAUCAAAUGGAAAGCUACUGUGUUUUCAUGGUAUACAGAUGGGAAAAGAUAAUAGCUGGGAUGACUUGGAUAUAUGGAUGAAUAUUCAUUUUAAUUCCCUUUAGAAUGACUAAAUAUUAUUUUCCUGACAUUGGAAGGACUUCAUUUUUCUGUGAGCUUCCAAAGUUCCCAUGCUGUACAUCUUCUAGCCAUCAGGAGUAGCAUCUCGGGGAAGACAGGGAAUUCCUACAGAGUAAGAUACACAUACUUCCCAAAGUGAAAAUCGAAAUUGGGGAAUUUUGAGUGUCAAGACUGCUGAAAGGGUAUGCUCCUAAAAUGGAAGAAUUUUGCAAACUCGUCUUUUGUGGUCCUGAUACUUAACUGAACUCCUAGCAAGCACACCCCUGUAAAUAAAUGCAUUUAAGGGAGGCUUUCUUUGUUUUGUAGAAGGAAAGACUUAUAUGCCAUUCCGCAGGCUUAAGACAUGUUGAGAUCCUGACCCUAACAUUUCUUUAACAUCUGUUUAAAAACUAAAGCUUUGCCGAUGAAUAUGCAGUAUAUAUUAAUGUUGCAUCUCCUUCACAGUAGAGGGACAGGAUCCAAACUCUGGACAACUUGUCACACACAGUAGGUUCAACCAGACUAGCAUACAACCAUUUGUUAUGGAGCAUUCUGCCUUUUGAAACUGAGGGGUUCCAAAAUACCUUUGUAGUGCAGUAGGAUGAGGAGUCGUCAAAAAUCCCAUUGACCAUGUAUAAGUUGGGUUGCUGUGAAUUUUCCGGGCUGUAUGGCCAUGUUCCAGAAGCAUUCUCUCCUGAUAUUUCACCCACAUCUGUGGCACACACCUCUGAGGAUGCCUGCCAUAGAUGUGGGUGAAACGUCAGGAGAGAUUGCUUCUGGAACAUGGCCAUUCAGCCUGGAAAGCUCACAGCAACCCAGUUAUUCUGGCCGUGAAAGCCUUCAACAACACAUGUGCAAGUACUUUGUGCUUACAGUAGAUUUCUGAAACAGAGAUAAACAUUUGUGUAUUUCUCUCCAUGUUUCACCAUAAGCUUCGUAACAUGGAUCCAAAAACACUUACCAUUUUGUAAUCGAUAGCUCAGAAAGCAAAGGAAACUUGGUUUCAUUUUACAUUAAAGGUGCCUCCUGUUCUAGAGGCCACAUUAUGUUAAAUGUGUCUUUGUACUUCCAGUACUGGUGUUGAAAAAGCAGCAGUGGGGUAUGACAUAUCUCAGCCUGAACCAUUUACACAGACUGCAGUGGGAUAGAAUAAUGAUUUCUGCAAGCACCACAGUCCCAAUCUGAAGUGGAGUUAUCACAGUUGUCUUUUUUUAAAAUCAAGGAUAUUGUCGUAGACAUGUUUCACAUAUCAUUUUAGCUCCAGGCCAAAUUAAACUGUUCUUCCAUUCUAAAUGCUAAAGUACUGAAGAAUGAUAUUCCUCCUAAUUCAUUGAGACUAUGUUUGAUCGUAUACUGAAAAGUGACUUGUACAAUUCUAGUUGCAAUGUUGAGAUUAUAAAUGCUUAAGUAAUAAAAGUUCUACGUUUUCUCCUUAAACGGGAUUAAAUUAUUUUUUUCAAAUGGAUUGUUUUUCCUGCAUUGAAGUAUAGUUUGAGCGCAAUUGAAGUUUUGUAUAUGUUACACUCAGUUAGGAAAAUCUUUUAUAACUAACAUUUGUUAUGCCUCACAUCAGUCUAUAUAUACCACCUUAGUCAUAUUUAACUGCCUGUUUGUUAUGGCAUAUGUCAUUCAGUUUCUUUAAAAAAUGUAAACUGGUUUCUGAAAUGUUCAACAAAACUUUUUCCAAUUAAAUGUUAUUUGAAAGAGGCAUAUUUUGGGAUGUAGGUAUGAAUACUUCAAAAAAAUAAAUAAUAUGAGGUCCAAAUCAA